UUUAACUAUUGGUUUUUGCCGAAAGGGAGGAAACGAUGCCAAGGUCAACGUGACUUUGCGCUUGAAGGGAAAUGAAAGUUGAUUUACACCAUAACAAUAGCUACAGCUCUUCGCCGCAUUUUUGGAUUGGUGCACUCUGGUGUACGGUCGGUAUCAUCAUAUUCGGCGCUGUGGCUGUGAUUUCAUGUUGGAUAAAACGAUGCAGACACAGCGUGCGCUACCAGCAGUAUACGGCACUGGACAGUGGUAUCGGGGCACCGGAUCGCAGUCCACGGGAGCGAGCAGCACGGGAACGGGCGUAUGCCGCCUGUCAGGAAUGGCUACAGAACACGGGCGGCCGGUACGAGUCCAUCGCACACCUAGAUGACAUCGGAUCGCGCUCGAAUAAGCACUGGUUCCUGUUGAACGAUUGCACGAUACGUACCGAUCGGCUUAUGACGCUGCUACCAUUACCUCCCGAUUGUAUUGCCUUAGAAGAGCUGCCACCCUCCGAAUGUCCCCAGGGUGUGCUGAUGGAGCUGCUCGGUUCGCUCCAGCAUCCGUACAUUUAUCCGGUGCUAGAUCUAGGUUUUUUCCCCUCCGAUUCCCACCAGUACACCAGUCUCGUGAUGCCAUUCAACCCGCGCGGUAGUCUCAAGGAUCUUAUCUACAAGUCACAGUGGAACGAACCGUGGAGUCGCAAGUACACACGCAAGUCUACCUGUUUGCCGCUGUCCCAGGUACAGCGGCUAGGACGACAAAUACUGGAGGCACUGCUGUUCCUUCGCGAGCGCGGCAUUCCUUCGCACGGUCAUCUGCAUAGUGGUAAUGUCAUCCUGCAGAACGGAGUUGCUCGAUUAUCCGGCUUAGAAAAUGGACUGCUUGGAUUGAACUCGCGCGUCAACGCCGUCAUCUGGGCACGAUCCGCACCGGACAUCGAUAAUAUCGACGUCAUCUGCUUCGGUCACCUGCUGUUCGAGAUGUGUGCCGGAUAUGAGCUGACGUCACCGCAGCCAACACCCGGCCACUAUCAGCUCGAUCUCGAGCGAUAUCCACAGGUAUGGAGGGAUAAUGCUUAAGGCCCCAAAAAUCCGUCACACACUAAUCAAUGUGUCGCUCUGCUUCAGGUGGUCGAUGUACUUCAGAUGAUCUUCGAGUCACCGGAUGGCCGCUACCCGACGGUGGAGGAGCUCGUGCUUUGUGAUAUUUUCCGCAAUAUCGAUUUAAGAGAAAUGCGAGGAACAUGUGUGCCUUCCUUCAAACACGGUUUGAGCAGCUCCACCCUGAGCUUACUGAAUGCGGUCCGGCGUCGCCAGGGAGCCAUCCUAAGCGGCUCAUACAGCGAGGGCAGCUCACCCUGUACACCACCAUCGACGCCACGUGAUCGGAAAACCGGUGAUGUAGAAUCCUCCGAUCUGUCUAGUAGUGAUUCUGAAGAUCUGUUAGAUGAAAUAGUUAUAGCGUCAGCCCGCAUCGACGAUCCAUGCCAUUACGAUCCACUGAGCUCGCCGAUACAUUACUGUGACAAUAAUGUCCACUCGGACGACAACAGCAAUAGUAACAACAACACAAUCAUUCGUAUAGAUUCGAUCGAAGAAGCGCAAGGGGCCGGCACAUCGUCCUCGGCCACGGGCUCUUCGGUGGGUGCGGUGGCGGGCGGUUCGGGCGGAUCGGGUGCCGUCAGUCUCAACCCGUCCUCCGCGUACAAGAACUCCAAGUCGCGCCGCAUGGAGUACAGCCGGCGCGGCAUGAUACUCGGGCUCAGCAACCCGUCGCAAGACUCCGCGUUCGGUUCCAUGACGGACGGCGAAUCGUCCAGGGCGUCCAGCUUUAAGCUUAGCAGCUUCGCCUCCAUGAACUCCCCGAUCGACGAGGGCGUGGAGGAUCUGCUGAUUGAGCAGGGGUUGGCCAGCACCUCCGACAACCUGGCGACUACGAUUGCCAACAUGAAGUACAUCGAUUCUACCGGAUCCUCACCCUGCCACGACUAUCAUCACCAUACGCAGUCGCAGGUGUUACCGCAAACUUCGGGCUACAACACAUCGCCCGGACCGUGCGCUGUCAGUAGCUCGCGGACGGAACCAUCGAUCGCUUCCCGAGACAUUUCGCCGAGUCGCUCGAGGUUCCUGGAACCGCCCAAACUCGUCAUCAACAAUCAUUCGUCCUCUACGACGAACUCAUCGCUGUGUUACACACUGUCCCCGCUGCGCAAGUGUGCCACUACUGAGGUCUUCUCGCAGAAGUAUCGCGUGUCAUCGUUCGAGGACAUGUCGUACAACUCUACGCGCAAGUCAAUCAAAAACACGAGCCGUAAGAUUUUCCGCUCGUUUGAGGAGGAGCGUCGCAUCGAUUCAGCUUUCAUGCCGAUCGAUACAUCGCGCUCGCAACCACCUCACCCACGGUCGACAGGACAGCUACAACCGCAGCUGUCACUACCGCCAAUGCUGGCCCCACCGUCAACACCGUCGCCAAAGCAUGCACCAUCGCCAGUGUCUCCAUCACGCAAGAACCAUUUGUCCUACCAAAAUCUGCACACGAUCGUACCGACGGCUCGAGAGCGUGGUCUUCAAUGGCGCAGCAAUUUGAUCAAAUCAAAUGAGUGUCUGUUUGAAACAUCCUUUAACUGUGUUCCCGGUGGACACUCUCACCAGCAGCAGCAACAGCUACAACAACACCACGCUCACCAGUUCCGCUCGGUGUCCAGCUUUUCCGGCGGUCCACAUUCCGAGGUGGAACGUAUGCUAAGAAGUCACGGUUCCCAAGAUCUCCCAACAACCGAGACCGGUAGCAUUGGUGAGAUGAGUUGUGAUCGGUUCAUACUCACCCCGGAACCACUACCGCCCGGUAGUCCCUCCUGUACAUCCUCCGUGACGUCUACAACGUCCGUCUCCUCACCGGCCGCCUCGCUCACCUCCAUGAGCCGUAUGCGCCCGAACCGAACCGACCGCCAGCAACUGUUCUCGUUGGCAAGGUUCAAGCACAGCACAAUCCUGGACAGUGUGUCCAUCGAAGACUUCUCCUCCGAAGCUUCACUCCGCGCAGCAACCGGGCGCUCCAACAGUCCCGCUAGCCCUUGCCGUAGUGCAGCCAGUGCCGCUUCUUCAUCCUCUACCGGUGAGGGCGCAACGCUAGAGUUGGAAGCCAAACCACUCUCGUCGGACGUAACCUGCACGUCGGAUGCUUCCGAUACGGCCAGCGAGGAUGCUACCAGCGUUAGCACGACUGACACUUCCCUGCUCAAGUCACCGGUCCCACAACGUCCGGGAGGAUCCGCCAACGCGAGCAUCGAUCACACCCGGCACAAGCACGCACCAAGGGACGUUCGUCAGUAUCUGGACGAUGCUGCCGGUAGCGAUGAGUUCGGUAGCGGUAACGAGGAGAAAACACCGCUGCUGGAUGGUAUGGAGCUGUCACCGAUCUCACCGACAGAUUCGGAACAAAUGUUGUGAUAAUAUCUGGGCACGGUCGGGUGCGCAAGCCGCUUUUCCGAUGACUUCGGCGAUUCUGUUCAGGCCGAGAUACUGCUGUGAAGGAGCGUACCGAU